AUGUACCGUGAGCUUGCUACCAUCUCGGCCUUCGUGGCUGCGGCCUCAGCCCAAGGAGCCUGCUCACUGACAACUGAGACUCAUCCUUCCUUGACCUGGGCCAAGUGUGCGGCUGGUGGCACUUGCACGAAUGUCGCUGGUUCUGUAACCAUCGAUGCCAACUGGCGAUGGGUCCACACUACCUCCGGGUACACCAACUGCUACACUGGAAACGAGUGGAACUCGACAAUAUGUUCGACUAACGCAGCUUGCGCGGCGAACUGCUGUGUGGAUGGUUCAGACUAUAGCGGCACCUAUGGCAUCACCACAUCAGGCAAUGCACUGAACCUGAAGUUCGUCACCACGGGCGCCAACACCAACAUUGGUUCGCGCACAUACCUCAUGGAGUCGGAUACCAAGUACCAGAUGUUCACACUGCUCGGCAACGAGUUCACCUUUGAUGUUGACGUGAGCAAUCUGCCUUGUGGCUUGAACGGUGCUCUUUACUUUGUGUCCAUGGACCAAGAUGGUGGUGCCGCCAAGUACCCUACGAACAAGGCCGGAGCCAAGUACGGUACAGGAUACUGCGACUCACAGUGUCCGCGUGACCUUAAGUUCAUCAACGGUGAAGCCAAUGCUGAAGGCUGGGGCGCGUCAACCAACGACCCCAACGCGGGCCAUGGCAAUUAUGGGUCUUGCUGCUCCGAGAUGGAUAUCUGGGAAGCCAACUCAAUCAGCACGGCGGUCACUCCUCACCCCUGCGGCACUGUAGGCCAGGAGCGAUGCGAGGGUGACGACUGUGGAGGUACUUUCGCUACCGACAGAUACGCUGGAACCUGUGACCCCGACGGGUGCGACUUCAACUCUUACCGACAAGGAAACACCACCUUCUACGGCCCCGGCUCUGGAUUCACUCUCGAUACUACUAAGAAAAUCACCGUGGUCACCCAGUUCCUCAAGGGCAGCGACGGGAACUUGAGCGAGAUCAAGCGAUUUUACGUUCAGAACGGUGUUACCUUUGCGAACUCUCAGUCUAACGUUGCUGGCAACCCCGGCAACUCCAUCACCACUGAUUACUGCAACGCGCAAAAGACGGCCUUCGGUGACACCAACGUUUUCAGCCAGAAGGGAGGUCUGGCCCAGAUGAGCAAGGCCGUCGCCGCACCCAUGGUGCUCGUGCUCUCUGUCUGGGACGACCACGCUGUCAACAUGCUGUGGCUCGACUCGACCUUCCCCGUCGACAAGGCAGGGUCUCCCGGAGCCGCCCGCGGUUCCUGCUCCACCUCGUCCGGUGUCCCGGCCGAGAUCGAGAAGUCGGCCCCGAACUCCAACGUCAUCUACUCCAACAUCAAGUUCGGCCCCAUCGGCUCGACCUUCAACGCCCCGCCAUCCAGCGGCACCCCAGGCUCUUCAUCCUCCACGUCCAGCACGAGCCGGGUCUCCACCUCGACCAAGUCGUCUACCAUCACAACAUCGACCAGGACCACGACCACCACGUCUUCCGCCCCGAGCAGCUCUGCUCCUGGAGCCAACUGCCAGGCCAAGUAUGCCCAGUGCGGUGGCCAGGGCUGGACCGGCGCCACCUGCUGUGCUUCCGGAAGCACUUGCAAGGCCAGCAACCAGUACUACUCCCAGUGCCUGUAG